AUCCAGCGAUGUCAUCACUAUAGUUUACAUGGUAGGAAAAGAGUGUGAUAUAUGGUUGUGAUAUUCACUGCUCCUCAUGGAGAAGACCCAACAGGCAUAAUCCAUGGGGAGCUGCUACUGGAGACCCAAACACCUCAGAGAGAAGGGACUUAUUCCAGUGAUGAAGAAUUCCAGGACAUGACCAGAUUAGAGACACAAAAUCACUUCUAUCUUCUGGCUUCUAGGACAUUAUUCUGAUGGAAGAACUUUACACAUUAUAAAAAGUCCUAUAGGUGUUGGGGAACAUUUAUAGACAAUUGUUGGCCCCGGCUGUCAUGGCGUACCAUAGGCCCCCUGCCUCCAUAUUACACAGGUCUGAUGGGGGAACAGAGUUGAAAACAUGAACAAUAUUAACGCUCUAGAGACAGAUGUGAGUGGUGAUGAGCAGUAUAAGGAGGAUAUUCCUACAGCGAAAGAUCUGAUCUAUAAUAAUGCUACAGACAUAAAAAAAGAAGAAGAAGAGACAGAUGUGAGCGGUGAUGAGCAGUAUAAGAAGGCCAUUCCUACAGGGAAAGAUCUGAUCGAUAAUAAUGCUACAGACACAAAGAAAGAAGAAGAGACAGAUAUGAGGGGUGAUGAGCAGUAUAAGGAGGACAUUCCUGCAGGGAAAAAUCUGAUUAAUAUUAAUGCUACAGACAUAAAGGAAGAAGAAGAGACAGAUGUGAGCGGUGAUGAGCAGCAUAAGAAGGAUAUUCCUAUAGGGAAAGAUCUGAACUAUAUUAAUACUACAGACAUAAAGGAAGAAGAAGAGGAGACAGAUUUGAGCGAUGAUGAAGAGUAUACGGAGGACAAUCCUACAGGUAACCGCCCAGAUGACUGUACCAGGAGAUCAGAGGAGAAUCUUAUAUCUUCAGAUUAUAAAGCAGAUGAUGAUAUCACACAAGAUACAUAUGAAGAACAUUCCAUUAUCCCAGAUACACCCUCAGCCCUUCACAGCCAAGAUCUCUCAUCUCAUCCUGUUAUACAAGUCCGACCUAAAGAUUCCUCUCAGUCUGUUAAACAAAAUAAGGAAAAGCGAUUUUCAUGUCCAGAAUGUGGGAAAUGUUUUCCUUAUAAAUCGUAUCUUGUUAGGCAUCAAAUUACACACACAGGGGAAAAGCCAUUUUCAUGUUCAGAAUGUGAAAAAUGUUUUUAUUCAAAAUCAAAACUUAUUAUACAUCAAAAAGUUCACAUAGGAGAAAAGCCAUUUUUAUGUUCAGAAUGUGGCAAAUGUUUUACUGAGAGAUCAGUUCUUGUUAAACAUCAACGAAUUCACACAGGAGAGAAGCCAUAUUUAUGUUUAGAAUGUGGAAAAUGUUUUAUUCAGAAAUCACUACUUGCUAAACAUCAAAGAACACACACAGGAGAGAAGCCAUUUUCAUGUUCAGAAUGUGGGAAAUGUUUUACUGUGAAAUACGCUCUUGUUAGACAUCAAAAUACUCACAUUGGAGAGAAGCCAUUUUCAUGUUCAGAAUGUGGGAAAUGUUUUACUGAGAAAUCAUCUCUUGCUAAUCAUCAAAGAAUUCAUACAGGAAAGAAGCCAUUUUCAUGUUCAGAAUGUGGGAAAUGUUUUACUGUGAAAUACUCUCUUGUUAUACAUCAAAAAACUCACAUUGGAGAGAAGACAUUUUCAUGUGCAGAAUGUGGAAAAUAUUUUACCCAUAAAUUAUCUCUUGUAAGACAUAAAAAAAAUCACAUUGGAGAGAAGUCAUUUUCAUGUGCAGAAUGUGGAAAAUAUUUUACUCAUAAGUUAUCUCUUGUUAUUCAUCAAAAAAGUCACAGAGGAGAGAAGCCAUUUUCAUGUUCAGAAUGUGGAAAAUGUUUUACGUGUAAAACACGUCUUGUCACACAUCAAAGAACUCACACAGGAGAGAAGCCAUUUUCAUGCCCAGAAUGUUGUAAACAUUUUUCGCAGCAAUCAAUACUUAUCAGACAUCUAAGAAUUCACACAGGAGAGAAGCCUUUUUCUUGUUCAGAAUGUGAAAAACAUUUUACUCAGAAAACACAUCUUGUUAAACAUCAAAUAACUCACACAGGAGAGAAGCCAUUUUCAUGUUCAGAAUGUGGGAGAAGUUUUACUGAGAAAUCACUACUUUUCAACCAUCUAAGAAUUCACACAGGAGAGAAGCCAUUUUCAUGUUCACAAUGUGGGAAAUCUUUUACUGGGAAAUCGUAUCUUUUUAAACAUCAAAAAAUUCAUACAGGAGAGAAGACAAUUCAGAGCAAUAAAUGAUGCAGAUAACACAUCUAUAUAUUAAUCAUGAACAUAGGAUAUCUGACAUUUAUACAUAUAUCAUAUACUGCAUCUCCAAACUUGUUCCCAAUUGUUAAUAAAAGUUUUCUUUUAGAACGUAGUC